AUGGAGCAUUUAGUCCGUCAGCUUUCUAGAGCUGCGCAAGGUAAAAAUAGCGUGUUCGCAGUUGACAGCCUCGAAUGCUUUGCAACUACACAAUACACGAGAAAACAGAAGCUUGACGACGAGACGACAAGAGAAACAAACAAGAGAGACCAAGAGGCGCAUGAACAAGAAGUAAAGUCUGGAAUCGAAGAUGCUACGAAGCAGCAGAUCAAACGUCCUUGGCAGAGGGAGGGCGCUGACGAGCCUCCCGUCAGCGAGUCGAGGCGGACCAUGAAUAAGACUAUGACCAAGGGCAAACUACUAACCACUCCAACCCGACUCCUGAAAUUAAUUCUACCUCUCCCCGUCGAUGCGACUCACGACGAGCAUGGAAACAAAGGAGAGUUCCGAUCUCUGGCUCAAAACGAAGAUAUCCAACCCCUAGCCCUACUCGUCCACCCUCAACAACCCCUAUCCUACCUCGAGCGCCUAAUCCAGGCCGAACUCCCACCAAUUCGCGACAGCGACGGCCGCGAGAAGAUGCCCAGCGUGUAUUUCUUAGCGGAAGGUUCCGAAAGAGACGAGACCGGGCGGAAAAUCGGGAUAGGAAAGGAGAAAUCUAAUAUCGCAUCGUACUCAGGACUCGGCCGCGAGGGCGCCGACACUCCUCCCGAAGACAAGGACUGGGUUCGAUGGAGCAGCUCCACCGAGAUCGGCGACUUCAUCCGCGAUGCCGCGCGUGGCCGCGAAUUCGCUAUUGAGAUCUCCGGCCACGAUACCGAGAUGCGCGUCGGUGUGCCAAGCUUCAACGAUCGCACGCACUAUAUGCGUGUGCGGCUGCGGCGCAUGUCCCACAAGAUCGAGGAGCUUUCCAAGAUCAAGCAUGAGUGUGACAUGCUUGCCCAUCGCGGCGUCCAUCGAAUCGCAAAAGCCGGAUUCGUUGCCCUGUCGGGGUGGUGGGGCGCCGUCUACUUCCUCACUUUUCACACUGACCUUGGCUGGGACUUGAUGGAGCCUGUAACAUAUCUCGCCGGCUUGAGUACUAUGAUGGGCGGUUAUCUGUGGUUCCUGUUCAUCAGCCGGGACCUGAGCUACCAAGCCGCGCUCAAGAUUACAGUUUCGCGGAGGCAAAACAUUCUGUACCAGGAGCGCGGGUUCGACCCGCAGAAGUGGGAAGUUUUAUUACACGAUGUGAAUGCGCUGAGACGGGAGAUUAGGACCGUAGCGGAGGAGUACGACGUCGAUUGGGAUGAGAUGACGGAUCUCGGCGGGGAGGAUGUUAAGGAAGUACUCGAGAACGAGGAGAGGAAGGGCGAGGGCGAUCGCAAGCGGGAAGAUAAGGAUGACAAGGAGAAUGCGAGAAAUAAGUCGGAUAAAAGUGAUGAGUCAUGA